AACCCUGUCAAGAAAAUUCCAGAUUCUCACGAAAUUACACUCCAACAUGGGACAAAAACAGUUUCUGCUUUGGGGUUGGAUCCUUCAGGAGCUCGUUUGAUAACUGGUGGAUAUGAUUAUGACAUUAAAUUUUGGGAUUUUGCUGGAAUGGACGCCUCUCUUCAAGCUUUUCGGUCACUCCAGCCUUGUGAAUGUCACCAAAUCAAAUCUUUACAGUACAGCAGCACAGGAGAUGUCAUUCUCGUCGUCUCUGGUAACUCUCAGGCAAAAGUGCUUGAUAGAGAUGGCUUCCCGGUAAUGGAAUGCAUAAAAGGAGACCAAUACAUUGUGGAUAUGACAAACACAAAGGGUCACACAGCAAUGCUCAAUUCAGGCUGUUGGCAUCCAAAAAUAAAAGAAGAAUUUUUGACAUGUUCCAAUGAUGG